AUGGUGGAUAUUGUUCAAUUGGAUGAAAGUUUACAAUUAUUAAAUGGUUUGGAUGAAUCUAAAAGAAAUAUAAUUGUUGAAUCAAUUCAAAGGAAUAAUCAAAUUUCGGUCUUUGCUUAUGGUUCAUUAUUAUGGAAUCCAAUUAAAUAUGCUGAAAUGGAACAAAAUUGUAUACUUCAAGGUUACAAAAAAGGUUUCUUUUGUGAAGACUUUUUUUACCGUGGCACAUUCGAAAGAAAAGGACUAACGCUGGGCUUAAAAGAAAAAUCAGAUAGUUAUGUUCAUGGUGCUUUGCUUAUUGCAAAAGAUGAUAAAAUUCUUGAUUUUUUAAAAGCCUUUGCUGAAAGAGAAACACCCGCAACUCAGGAUGGAAGAGUAAUGGAUAUAUAUAAAUAUGAUUUUAUUGAAGUAACACGUUCUGGUGAUGGAACACCUGUAUACGCAUUAACAUGCAUUGUUAAUGAAGAAAGUGAAUUUUGUGUAGAUAUUCCUGAAACAAUCAAAGGUCAAGUAUCAAAAAUGUCUCAAGCAGAAGGUCGAAAUGGAACCAAUUUCGAGUAUUUAUUUUCAUUAGCUGCUAAGUAUAAAGAAUUAAAUAUUAAAGAUACAUUUACACCUACUUUAGACGAACUUUGUGAGAAAGCUCGUUUAUAUCAAUUACCUUUAUAA